GAAGUUUGUUUACAUCCGAAAAAGUGGGCUUGGAGCCUCAGAAAAGACCCUGUCCUCUCUUCUACGACCGGCCGGUCAGGAAAAUGUCUCCCGCUAAGGAGUGGCUGGACAGAGUGGGUCGCAUUUAUGAGCGCUACACGGAGUACGUGAGGAGGAACCCCGCGGCCACGGCGCAGCUGGAGAACACCGUCCGGACUCUGUCCUACCUGAUCGCAGGUCGAUUCGCGGACUCUCAUGAAAUAUCGGAAUUAGUUUACUCCACCUCCAACCUGCUGGUUCUGUUCAAUGACAGCAUCCUGCGUAAAGGCCUGAGACGUGCUCUGCCCGCGUCCGUGUCCCAGCAGAGGCUCCUGACUUGGCUGUCGGUUCUGGAGUACGUGGAAGUUUUCCUGGAGAUGGGGGCCUGUAAGCUGUGGGGGGAAGUCGGGCGCUGGCUGGUGAUCGCACUUGUUCAGAUCUGCAAAGCAGUUCUCCGGAUUGUUCUUCUUCUGGUUUACAAAUCUGGCCUUCAGACGUCCCCUCCCAUAAUCCCCCUGGACAGAGGUGAAGAGUGUGCUGAUGGAGAUGACGGCGAGCAGCAGGAGGACGCCUGCUUUGUGGGUCAGAGGUCGGGGCGUGUCAUCAGACCCCUCAGCAGCACUCCCUCCCUGCAGGCUCCUCGGGUAUGGGGAGCUCCCGUCCAGAAAAAGAGAAGCAACUCCACACAGAGCUCCAGUCCAACUCCUCUCGGCCUCCGAGAGACUGUUGCUGAGUGUGUGUUCAUCGGCCGGCCGCUUGUACACCUGCUCUGCCUGGGACUGUGCGGGAAGCAGUCCUGGAAGCCCUGGUUCCUGUCUGGGUUCCUGGAGCUGUCCAGCUUCGGUGUUCUGAGCGACGUCAAGUUUCAGAACCGAUGGGAGAGGGCCGAGAUGAGGAGGCGGGCUUUCCUACUGCUGUACUACCUGCUGCGCUCCCCCUUCUAUGACAGAUACUCCAGGGAGAAGAUUCUCUUCCUGCUGCAAAUUCUGGCUGAACACGUUCCAGGAAUUGGACUUGUUGCACGUCCUCUGAUGGACUACCUCCCCACCUGGCAGAAGAUCUACUUCUACAACUGGGGCUGAGCGGGUCGUGCAAUCCAAACGCCUGACAGAACCGCCUGAAGCUGCUGCAGUCUCUGUUUCCCUGAACCCGCAUCUCCAGAGCUGGAGGUUGGCGGGUUUGUGGUUGGAGCAGCUCGGUGACUGAGUCUGCUCUGAAUCCAUGCAGACCCCCCCCACCAGAGCAGAUGAUUCUGAACGAGUUCAAAGAGUGAAGAACACAAACACAUUUCAUCUUUGUUAGAAUUCUGAAUACAUUUAUUUUUGUAGCCUACAAAUAAAUACUUUCAUUGUUUGG